ACCGCCUCCCCGCGGGUUCCGUUGGCUGUGGCGGCAGCUGAGGCUGUGGCGGCAGUGGCCGCAGGGCGGGCGUAAGAUGGCGACAGCGGUGGCGGGAGCCCUGGGCCUGCUGUGGGGCUGGCUGUGGAGCGAACGCUUCUGGCUGCCCCAGAACGUGAGCUGGGCUGAUCUCGAGGGCCCGGCCGACGGCUCCGGCUACCCGCGGGCCCGGCACAUCCUCUCGGUGUUCCCGCUGGCGGCGGGCAUAUUCUUCGUGAGGCGGCUCUUCGAGCGAUUUAUUGCCAAACCCUGUGCACGCCAUGUUGGCAUCCUGGACAGUGGUCCUUAUCAGACCCAACCCAAUGCCAUCCUUGAAAAAGUGUUCAUAUCUAUUACUAAGUAUCCUGAUGAGAAAAGGCUGGAGGGCCUGUCAAAGCAACUGGACUGGGAUGUCCGAAAAAUCCAGUGCUGGUUUCGCCAUCGGAGGAAUCAGGACAAGCCCCCAACGCUCACUAAAUUCUGUGAAAGCAUGUGGAGAUUCACUUUUUAUUUAUGUAUAUUCUGCUACGGAAUUAGAUUUCUCUGGUCGUCACCUUGGUUCUGGGACACCAGACAGUGCUGGCAUAGCUAUCCAUACCAGUCUCUGACAAGUGGGCUUUAUUACUAUUAUAUCAUGGAAUUGGCCUUCUAUUGGUCUCUUAUGUUUUCUCAGUUUACAGACAUUAAAAGAAAGGACUUCCUGAUUAUGUUCGUGCAUCACUUGGCCACCAUUGGGCUCAUCACCUUCUCCUACAUCAACAACAUGGUUCGAGUGGGAACUCUGGUCAUGUGUCUACAUGAUGCCUCAGACUUCUUGCUGGAGGCAGCCAAGCUGGCCAAUUAUGCCAAGUAUCAGCGCCUCUGUGACACCCUUUUUGUGAUCUUCGGUGCUGUUUUUGUGGCCACUCGUCUAGGAAUCUAUCCAUUCUGGGUUCUGAACACGACGCUCUUUGAGAGUUGGGAGAUGAUCGGGCCCUAUGCCUCCUGGUGGCUCUUCAAUGGGCUUCUCCUGAUCCUACAGGUUCUGCACGUCAUCUGGUCCUACCUAAUUGUGCGCAUUGCUUUCAAAGCCUUGAUCCGAGGAAAGGUAACCUAUCCAGGAAGGAUUAGACCCAGACUCUAUACUCUCCACUCUUUUCUCACCUCCUUCCUUUUUUCUAUGCCUGGUGGGAGCUGGACAGUUUCAUCUCUUGCAUGUAAGUGUACUGUGCUUCUAGUAUUCCGUGAAGCAUGUCUGUCUGAAUGUGUUUCUCUUCCUUCCUGCUUUCCUUUCUGUUCCCUGUGUUGUCUCAGAAUAUGCUCUCUCUCCUGACUUUGUGGGGCCAUUGUUGACUGGAGCUGAAGUUGGCAGAUUCUUUUUCCUAAAUUGAGGCAAGACUAUUCUGUUUUUCCUUUCCUUUUUUAUUAUCUUUUUCCCCUUUUUGAGCCUCCCUUUACCUCAAAUCUAGACACACUCUGCCCUCUGGUGGAAAUUUCUUAAAGAUCAGGUAGUUAGUUAUCUGGAUUCAGAGGUCAACAGCUAUAGAACCUUACAGUUAACCAAAGCAAGUGGCCCACUCCUUGGCAACAGCAAUUGUAGUUUUGUUUCCUUUUUCACUCCCUCUCUUGCUUUUACUUUUUUUAAAAAAAACACACAUUUAUUGUCCUUCAGUUCUGGAGAUCAGAAGUCUGACAUAGGUCUCACUGGAUUUUUCUCCUUUACUUUAGGGUCCAUGGUAGAGAGUUUGAAAUACUUUGCUUAAUAUGCAGGAUAGUUAAGAUUGGGAGACACUGCUCUAAUCCAAACUUUUCAUUUGAAAAUACAAAACAAAAAAACUGAGGUUAAGAGGUAAAGAUUCACAGGUAGUAGCAUGAUUAGGGCUGGGAUUCUUUUCCCACUGACUGCCAAUCUGCUUUUCUUUUCACCAUGUGUAUCUUGGGGAUGCUGAAGUUGCAUAAGAGAAGUGAUCUUGCUACUGGAGAAAUGGUGUUGUGGGGUAGUGAUAGUUGACCCCAUGAAGAGUAGAACUACUGAAAAAGGCCCAGUUGUGGAUCAGCUUUCUUUGGCAAUAAAGCAAAACUUAAGAUAACCAGUAUGAACUGCAGUGGCCACAACCAUCAGCAGAUAGAAGCAGUGAUGACAGCCAUAUGUAUUGUGUGUCCUUUUCUAUUUUUUGAGGUGAAAGAGGGAAAAGGGUGUCUGGAGUUUCCCUCAAAUCUAACCUCAGUGAAUGAUUUCAGCUUUCUUAGGCUGCUCCUGAAAGAUAUACCCCUCUACCAAAGCAACUUAUUCCAUAGAGAACAGAAUCAGAGAGGAUGAGAAAGAAACCCAGAAAGCAGACAAAGGAUAUUCACAACAGUAGCCAUGGUCCAGAUAAUAUUUUGAGUCAGGUGCCACCAGAAAGUAGGCCAGAUUGGGAAUAGUACCCAAAGAUGGGCUCUGUGGGCUUAGUCUGUCUUAUGAUUCCAGAAAAGUUCUAUCCUCACCUUUCCUACCUUU